AUGAAGGAGAACGGGCUGCAGUUCAAUGCAUAUCAAUGCUCAGCAGCCAUGACGAGCUACAAGAAUGCAUCAAUGUGGCCCAGAGCUUUGUCUUUGUUCCUCUCCAGCAUCCACAACAGCCUGGACUCUCCUACGAUGCAGAACGUUGCAUUGGGAUCAUGGGCCAGUGGAAGUCGCUGGAAGGAGGCAUUGGACCUUCUGCAGCAGACCCCUCCAUCGCGCAGACAGCUAUUCGCUUGCAGUGCAGCUUUGAGCGCCUGUGGAAAGUCAACAGCUUGGCAGGCCGCACUGACCCUCAUGAAAGAGAUGUUAGCAGAGGAGGUACAUGCUGACGUCGUUUGCUACAACACCCUCAUCAGUGCCUGUGGCAAAGGUGGGCAAUGGACUUUGGCGCUGGAAGUCCUGCAGGAAAUGAAGCGAAAGAUGCGUCCCAGCAAUGCCAGCUAUUCUGCUACCAUCAGCGCUUGUGAGAAGGCCUUCCGGUGGCGUGAGGCGUUGGCACUCUUGGAAGAAGCACACGCGGUGAGGCCACAACUGAGCUGCUUCAAUGCUGCCAUCAGCGCUUGUGAGAAGUGCCACAAGUGGCAGAUGGCCUUGAACAUCUUCCAGGAGAUUUCCCAAAGGCGGCAAUCUCCAGACAGGAUCAGUUUCAAUGCUUGCAUCAGCGCCUGUGCUGGGGAAUCCAUUUGGACCAUUGCCUUACAUUUAUUGCAGCAAAUGCCCCGCUGUCAACUCACAGCUGGUGCCAUUACGCGCAGUGCCGUGAUCACUGCUUGUGAAAAAGCAUUGCAGUGGCAAGUUGUGCUUAAGAUCCUCGACCAGCCUGGAUUUGGAAGGGGAAGCGCUACGGAGCUGCACCAAGCCAUGUGGUACCUUUCAAAGCAGGCACCUUCCUCGCAGACGCAGCUGAAGGCCCUCCAAGGGGCCAGAGAAGCCACUGGUUUGGUGGACGAGUUCAAAGUGAAACAGUUGGUGAGCUUGCUAAGAUCCUUUGCAUCCAUGUUGGUUACUGACAGGGACUUGUUCCACAAAGCUGCAGCUUCGCUUGAGCUGAAGAUUGAGGGCAGCCUGCAGACGCAGGAGCUGGCCAAUGUGGCCUGGGCCUUUGCAGUUUCAUCGUCCUUGUCAUCAGGCUCGAUCUUUGACUCCGUGGAGCGGACGCUAACUGUGCGUGGUGAGGCACUUCUGGCCGACCAUGCCAGCAUUUGCACCGAUCCAAUGGCAAGAGACUAUGCGGAAGGAAUGCUCGGUGUCGUAUGGUCCUUGAACUACGCAGGAGUCUUGUCCCAACGAUUUCUGGACUUCGCGCAUCAAACCUUGUAUCAGCUGACCGAGCUCGAGGGAUGCUUUGCAAUGGAGCCAGUCAGGAGCUCCAGCAUCAAUGCGGGCCUUCCUCUCUUGCUGGAGACUGGGGAUGUCGCAGUCUUGCAGAAGCCAGCAGGGUGGCAGGUGGAUGAUGGGCAUCAGAAUACAGCUGAAGAUGUGUCCUUAUUGUCUACACUGGUACGGAGUAUGACAUCUUUGCGCCGCUUCCAUCUCCUGAGCGACUCUGCAUUCAGCCACGGCUUUCUGCACCGGCUAGAUGUGCCAACAUCAGGCCUCAUCCUCGUGGCCAAGACACACCGGGCCUUCUACGAUAUGCGCCUUCAAUUAGCCAGUGGCUUGUUGAAGCGAGACUACACCGUGCUCUGUCACGGUUUCAUUCCUGAAAAGCGUGAUGAAGUCCGGUCACCAGUGCAUUGGUGGUCUGACGGUCGCAGCACCAGCAGCUCUGUCGGACAGUUUGGCCGGCCCUCCAUCACAAUAUACUACAACUGCUCUCACUACCUCGGAGAGAAUGAUUCGCUGUGCCUGGUGUCCAUCCGCAUUCUCACAGGUAGAAAACAUCAGAUUCGUGUGCACUCCGCACAUAUUGGCCAUCCUGUGGUUUGUGACGAGAGAUAUUCUGCAGAGAAAACAUAUCGAUCAGAUAUGCAUUGGUGUCCAAGAAGCUUUUUGCACCGUUCUAGCCUUCAAUUUCGGGCCGAAGGCAGAAUUGUGACAGUUUCGUCAUGUGUCCCAAAUGAUUUGGCCAGAGCGCUUCGAUCCUGUAGACCCAUUGUGCGGUCGGAAAGCUGCGUGUUGCGGAAGUUGCCAUUGACCAUGCGUGUUUGCUACUAG